GAAAGAGGGCUGAAUCGAAGAGACUCUCAUGCCUUAAGGUUCUCGAAUUGCCGGUCCGGCAUCGUCUCACCUCACGGUUCAAACCUGCUGUCCAUUGAGGUCUCUGCUAGAGGUCCACCGCUGCCGUCUGCGGUAUAGACUCAACUUCACGCAAAGUGAGCCUCUCGCCUAGCUCACGUUGCCAAUUGCUUCAGAGCCCCUGCAUUCUACUUCAAAGUGCACUCACUGCUCCGCGCCCCGCCCUCCAAAACUCAUCCGAGAUGGCGAAACAAGAGCCGGGCUCGCCGGUGGUGCUUGAGCUCGAAGAUGGCUACUUCUGCAAAGGCUACAGCUUCGGUGCAAACAAGAGCAUUUCUGGUGAACUGGUCUUCCAGACUGGAAUGGUCGGCUAUCCAGAGUCUCUCACCGAUCCCUCUUACCGGGGCCAGAUCUUAGUCAUUACCUUUCCCUUGGUUGGUAACUACGGAGUGCCAUCUCGAGAAGAAAAAGACAAAUUGUUGCCAGACCUGCCCGCGUACUUUGAAUCACGGGAAAUUCAUGUUGCCGGUCUUGUUGUUGCUACCUACGCCGGAGAAGAAUACUCCCACUACCUUGCGAAGUCGUCCUUGGGCACGUGGCUGAAAGAACAGAACAUUCCCGCCAUACACAGCGUCGACACAAGGCUUUUGACUAAGCGCAUCAGAGAAGAGGGUAGCAUGCUCGGUAGAUUGCUUCAGCAGAAGACUGUUUUGGGUAGCAUCAAGUCCGUUGUAAAUGGCGUCAUCGGCAACGGCCAGGUCAAUGGCAACGGCAAAGACGAAUGGCGUUCGGAGUUCGAGACGGUGGAAUGGGUGAACCCAAAUGCGAAGAAUCUGGUAGCAGAAGUGUCGAUCAAGGAACCAAAGGUCUUCUAUCCAGAGCCGGCAACCGCAUUGAAGCAUCCUUCUGGCCGACCUGUUCGAAUAGUCUGUGUAGACGUUGGCAUGAAGUACAACCAGCUUCGCUGUCUCGUCAAGCGAGGUGUUGAAGUUGAGGUGGUACCGUGGGACUAUGACUUCCCCAAACUUGCUGGCGCGGCUUAUGAUGGUCUCUUCAUCUCAAAUGGGCCAGGCGACCCUGCCACACUAGAAACCACAGUGAAGAACAUCCGCACGGCUUUGGAUGAGGCGAGAACCCCUAUCUUUGGUAUUUGUCUAGGCCAUCAGCUUCUCGCUCGAGCGGCGGGAGCAAACACUGUCAAAAUGAAGUUUGGUAACCGUGGAGCAAACAUUCCAUGCACCAACUUGAUCUCAGGUCGAUGCUAUAUCACCUCUCAAAAUCAUGGUUACGCCGUAGAUGCCAACACGCUAUCUGGUGGCUGGGAGGAGCUAUUCGUUAACGCGAAUGAUGGCAGCAACGAGGGUAUUCGACACGUUAGCAAACCCUACUUCAGUGUGCAAUUCCACCCAGAGCACGCACCUGGGCCACAAGAUACCGAAUUCCUGUUUGACGUAUUUAUUGACGCUAUUAAAAAGUGCAUGACGGACACGUCAGCUCUCUCACAACCCGUGGUCUUCCCAGGCGGCACGAAAGAGGCGAACGUCAAGGCUCAUCCAAGGGUUAACGUGAAAAAGGUCCUUGUUCUUGGUAGCGGUGGUCUAAGCAUUGGACAGGCAGGCGAGUUCGACUACUCUGGAAGCCAAGCUAUCAAGGCUUUGAAACAGGAAGGAAUUUAUACAAUUCUUAUCAACCCUAAUAUUGCGACCAUCCAGACCUCAAAGGGUUUAGCAGAUAAGGUCUAUUUCUUACCAGUCACGGCAGAAUUUGUCCGCAAGGUUAUAAAAUAUGAGCAGCCUGAUGCCAUCUAUGUUACAUUUGGUGGCCAGACCGCUUUGCAAGUGGGCAUACAGUUGAAGGACGAAUUCGAUAAGCUUGGUGUCAAAGUCCUUGGUACACCGAUCGACACUAUAAUCACAACAGAGGAUCGCGAGCUCUUCGCACGGAGCAUGGAAUCAAUUGGCGAGAAAUGUGCGAAAUCCGCCUCGGCCAACUCUGUCGAUGAGGCCAUGCGUGUCGUUGAGGACAUCGGAUUUCCAGUCAUCGUUCGCGCAGCCUAUGCCUUAGGCGGUCUGGGAAGCGGCUUUGCAGACAACAAAGAACAGCUUUUCGAGCUCUGCCAAAAGGCUUUUGCUGCCAGCCCACAGGUAUUGAUUGAACGCAGUAUGAAAGGAUGGAAGGAGAUCGAGUACGAGGUCGUUCGUGACGCUCACGACAACUGCAUCACGGUUUGUAACAUGGAGAACUUCGAUCCACUCGGUAUUCACACUGGUGACUCGAUCGUCGUUGCACCAUCCCAGACGCUAUCGGACGAGGACUACAAUAUGCUCAGGACCACAGCCGUCAAUGUUAUUAGACAUCUUGGCGUUGUUGGUGAAUGUAAUAUUCAGUACGCCCUCAAUCCGUUCUCUAAGGAAUACUGCAUCAUCGAAGUCAAUGCUCGUCUAUCUAGAUCAUCAGCUCUUGCCUCGAAAGCUACUGGCUAUCCUCUAGCAUUCAUUGCAGCUAAGCUGGGUCUUGGAAUUCCCUUGGAUGAGAUCAAGAAUACGGUCACGAAGAGUACUUGUUCUUGCUUUGAGCCGUCCCUUGAUUACGUCGUUGUCAAAAUCCCCAGGUGGGAUCUCAAGAAGUUUACACGUGUCUCGACCUUGCUUGGCUCGUCCAUGAAAAGCGUGGGAGAAGUUAUGAGCAUUGGGAGAACAUUCGAAGAAGCAAUCCAAAAGGCCAUUCGUGGAGUGGAUCCAUCCAACCUAGGUUUCAACGACCGCGAUGCCGCCCUCAUGUCUAUCGAUCAAGAAUUGCAGACUCCUUCAGACCAACGUCUCUUUGCUAUUGCCAAUGCCAUGAGCGCGGGAUAUACCGUGGAUAAAAUCUGGGAGCUCACUAAAAUCGAUAAGUGGUUUCUCAGUCGACUGAAGGGCCUUAGCGACUUUGGCCAAUUGAUGACCAAGUUUACCCCUAAGUCCAUUCCAACCGAAUUGCUCAUCAAAGCAAAGAAACUCGGGUUUGCCGAUAAGCAGCUUGCAAAAUUCAUGGGUUCGACUGAGGGUGAAGUUCGCCAAGCGAGAAUGGACGCUGCUAUUCAUCCUGUGGUCAAGCAGAUUGAUACCGUCGCCGCUGAAUUCCCAGCCAAGACCAACUACCUAUACCUUACCUACAAUGGCGAGGAAAGCGAUGUUGAAUUCCAAGAUCAGGGUAUCAUGGUCUUAGGAUCUGGUGUCUACCGAAUCGGCUCUUCUGUAGAGUUCGAUUGGUGUUCGGUUCGUGCGAUUCGCACUCUCCGAGAGCAUGGGUUCAAGACCGUGAUGCUGAAUUAUAACCCGGAAACGGUAUCAACUGAUUACGAUGAGGCUGAUCGACUCUAUUUCGAAAACAUUACUCUUGAGACUGUGCUUGACAUUUACGCUCUUGAAAAAUCGAGCGGCACCGUCAUCUCCAUGGGUGGUCAAACACCAAACAACAUUGCACUCGACAUGUACCGCGCGAACGUAAAAAUUCUGGGAACUUCGCCAGAGAUGAUCGAUUCUGCUGAGAACCGGUACAAGUUUUCGCGCUUGCUCGAUCGUAUCAACGUGGAUCAGCCUGAAUGGAAGGAACUAACAAGCAUUGAUGAGGCAAAGGCAUUUUGCAGUCGCGUCUCGUAUCCUGUGCUUGUCCGACCGUCGUACGUCUUAUCAGGAGCUGCUAUGAAUACCGUCUACUCUGAAGAUGACCUGGAGAACUAUCUCAAACAGGCUGUUUCCGUGUCGAAGGAGCAUCCUGUGGUUAUCACGAAGUACAUCGAAGGCGCCAAGGAGAUUGAAAUGGACGCUGUCGCAAGAGGCGGAAAGUUGAUCGGUCACUUUAUUUCGGAACACGUUGAAAAUGCUGGUGUUCAUUCUGGUGAUGCAACCCUUAUCCUGCCUCCCCAAGAUCUGGACCCGGAGACGGUUCGGAGAAUUGAAGACGCUACCCGCAAGAUUGGCAAUGCGCUUAAUGUCACUGGGCCUUUCAACAUUCAGUUUAUCGCAAAGGACAACGAGAUCAAGGUCAUAGAGUGCAAUGUCCGUGCCUCACGAUCUUUCCCAUUCGUGUCCAAAGUUAUGGGCGUCGACUUGAUCGAAAUGGCUACUAAGGCGAUGGCUGGCCUACCGCUCGUGGAGUAUCCCCCAGUCAGUAUUCCGCCAGACUAUGUCGGAGUCAAGGUUCCACAAUUCUCGUUCCCACGUCUGUCUGGAGCUGAUCCAGUUCUGGGUGUUGAGAUGGCCUCUACUGGUGAGGUCGCAUGCUUCGGUCGUACGAAGUAUGAGGCAUACAUCAAAGCACUCCUCUCGACAGGUUUCAAGCUACCAAAGAAGAAUAUCUUGCUGUCCAUUGGCUCGUUCAAAGACAAAUUUGAAAUGCUCAAGCCAAUCGAGCAAUUGCAUAAGAUGGGCUACAAAUUGUUUGCAACUGCGGGCACGGCAGAUUUCAUCCAGGAGCAUGGCAUCCCUGUUAAGUUCCUAGAAGUCCUCGGCGGCAGUAAUACGGACGGACAGAAAGCAGAAUACUCACUGACAUCUCAUCUGGCCAACAAUCUGAUCGACUUGUACAUCAAUCUGCCUUCAAACAAUCGCUUCCGUCGCCCGGCCAACUAUAUGAGCCGAGGCUACCAGACUCGUCGUAUGGCUGUUGACUACCAGACGCCGCUGGUCACAAACGUUAAAAAUGCAAAAAUCUUGAUUGAAGCCUUAAGCAGGCAAUAUGACCUUGAAGUCAGCAAGAUCGACUUCCAGGAAUUCACUAGUCAUCCUUCUACUACUGCGGCUGGCAUGACACUAGCUCGUGCUCCAAGUAAGAAUGCUUCCCUUCCAGAGCUUCUGGCCAUGUCCACUUUCAAGGGCAAAAAUAUCCUCUCGGUUAGCCAGUUCACUCGUGCGGAUCUACACCACCUCUUCACGGUUGCUCAGGAGAUGCGAUUGGGAGUCCAGCGACAUGGCUGUCUAGACAUCCUUAAAGGCCGAGUAUUGUGUACAAUGUUCUACGAGCCUUCGACGCGGACGAGCGCGUCCUUCGAUGCGGCCAUGAAACGUCUUGGUGGUCAAGUCGUGGCAGUCCAAGAGUCGCACGCCAGCACAAAGAAAGGAGAAUCUCUAGGCGACACAGUUCGCACUCUUGCCUGCUACGGAGACGCCAUAGUCCUGCGUCAUCCACAUGAAGACAGUGUCGAAAUUGCUGCCAAGGUAGCAAGUGUUCCGGUUAUCAACGCUGGUAACGGUAGCAAAGAGCACCCAACCCAAGCUUUCCUUGAUCUUUUCACGAUCCGAGAAGAGCUGGGGACUGUUAAUCACUUGACUGUGACAUUUGUUGGAGAUCUCAAAUAUGGACGAACAGUUCAUUCCCUCUGCCAACUUUUGAAACUCUACGAUGUUACGAUUCAGCUUGCGUCACCAAAGUCUCUUGCCUUGCCAAAGAAGGUUCGCGAUAGUCUUGGUGACCGAGUUGUUGCCGAGACCAACCAGCUCACUCCUGAAAUUAUCGCACGCAGUGACGUUCUCUACUGUACUCGUGUGCAAAAGGAACGCUUUGAAGACUUGAGCGAAUAUGAAAGCGUGAAAGACAGCCUUGUCGUAGACAAUGCAGUCUUGAGGCAUGCAAAGAAGGAGAUGAUCAUUCUACACCCGCUCCCCCGUAACAAGGAAAUCAGUGAGGAAGUUGACUUUGAUCCUAGAGCCGCAUACUUCCGACAGAUGAGAUACGGUCUUUACACGAGAAUGGCUUUGCUGGCACUUGUUAUGGCGCCAUGAUUCUGCGACGGCAACAAAAGGUAGAAAAAGUUUUUAGUCUGCAUAUCAAAGGGAUGAACACUACACGAUUUCUGAUGCCUAUUGGUUACCUUUCACAAAAUAUAAUUCUAAAAAAAAAAGUCGACACACAGGGUAGGAGGAUUGCAUAAAAGGAAGCGGUAGCAUUGCAAAUGAUUUCAUUACAAAUUUAUUGUGCGAGUUGGCACCACACUUGAUCGACAUUGCGCUCUUGCUUGUCUACAGAGUGACUGCAUUGAUAAACCUCGUGUCGGUGGCUUCCACAAGCAGUCAUAGGAGUCUGUAGUCUCAGGUUAUCAUGCGUGUUGACGCUUAAUCCAUGGCGUGUUUUCCACGUAUUGUAUGAACGCUUACAGCAG